GUGUGCCCCAAUCGGCAUUGCAGUUAGUUACAGAGAACUGAACAACCAACAACCGCCAUGACCGAAGUGGACCCCACCGCCGCACCAACCACCGCUGCCAAUGAACUCCUCGCCACCGCCGACGAAGCAAAGACUUCCGCCGUCGCUGGAGGAGAACGAGGCGAGGGGUCGGAACUAGGGGGCGGCGAGGUGGAGGCGUCGGAUGUCGGCGAGGGUAGCGGCGCCGGGAGAGUGAGGGGACCUUGGUCGCCGGAGGAGGAUACGGUGCUGAGUCAGUUGGUGGCGCAGUUUGGGGCGAGGAAUUGGAGCAUGAUCGCGCGGGGGAUUCCCGGGAGGUCCGGGAAGUCGUGCCGGCUCCGGUGGUGUAAUCAGCUUGACCCUUGCGUGAAACGGAAGCCCUUUACUGAGGAAGAGGACAGGCUCAUAAUUUCAGCCCAUGCAAUCCAUGGAAACAGAUGGGCAGCAAUUGCCAGGCUCCUUCCAGGUAGAACAGAUAAUGCUAUCAAGAAUCACUGGAAUUCGACCCUAAGGCGCAGGUGCAUGGGACUGGGAAUACACGUCUCAUCAUAUGCUGAUACGAUGGGAGGAUACAGUAGCUUUGAGAAAACAAAAGCAUCCUCUGAAGAAACCAUGUCAAUUGGAGAUAUCAAUUCUAUGAAUCCUCCAGAAGUCAGGAAUGUCAUGACAAAUAAUGAAAUCAGACAGUAUGAAAAUAAACAUCCACAAAAAGAUGGUGCUGAAGUGGAGGGGCAUCCAACCCUUUAUCGACCAAAAUCACGUCUCAGUGCAUUCAGUGUUUAUAAUCCUCUUGGCAAGCCAACAACUGAAUCAACUCCAAAGAUCUUCCCGAGGCAGGGUCCUUUGUUCCAACCCCUGAUACCAGACGCAGGCACCUGUAAAUUAUUUGAUGGUGUUGGAUGUGAGCCCAUGGUUCCAUCGCAAUGUGGUCAUGGCUGCUGUUCAUCAGAAUUGAGGGGAAGCCAUGCUCAUGAUUCACUAUUAGGUCCUGAGUUUGUUGACUAUUUGGAGCCUCCCUCUUUCUCAAGUGAUGAAUUGAUUUCGAUAACUACAGACUUAAACAACAUGGCUUGGAUCAAGAGUGGCCUUGAGAAUGUUGGUGCUGGAGUAACUGAAAAUACUACUAACUUGACAGCAUCCAAUGGCUACAUGCAAUUUGAAAAUGGAAGCGGCAAGUUUUUGGGUGCUAUGCAAAUGCAAUCUGCAACGAUGCCUCAACAACAUUUCGCAAUGCCUGCAGAAGUUUGACGCGAACCUAAGCUUCCCUCAAGUAGGUUUCGAUCUUCGUUUUGAGGCAUUUUGUGGUGGGUGGAUAUAUGGUAGAUGGUUUUAGUUUGUUUCAUUACAGUCAAUCUCAGAGUGGGGGCGUCAACCUAAUUGAGUGAAUAGCCCUUUGCGGCUUUUUUGUUCCUGUUAGGAUUUAUGAUAGUUUUUUUAAGGACAUCUUGAUAACUCACAUUUGAAAAUAUAUAUGCCAAUUCGAUCUAGUGAA